UAUGGGAAGGUGGCUUUCUGUGGUUUGAGGGAAGGAUUUCACACAGCACGGGAUGGAAGGCAGGGACUGCCAGAGGCUGAGGUUUAAGGAGGGAGGUGUGAUCAGCUGGGGUGUGCAUCAAUCUGGUCCAACCCAGACCGCUAUCAGCCCCAACCCUGCCUUGUUUGCCCCUUCUCAACCUCCCUUGAAUGAACGCUAAGCCUCUUCCCUCUGGAGGCGGAGCCAUGCACUCUGAGCAGCUUAAAACCCUACGGCCAAAGUCUGGUGUAGGGAAUAGCCCUGACAUGGCCCUCUGGCUCCUCAUCCUGUACCAGCUCCAUGGCCAGUCCUGUGGAGGCAUCUCCAGGCUGUGCCACUGGUUUGGGUCCCCAUCGGAGAAAGAGGACCACCUUCAGUGUUGGGCAGUUGCUGGAGCUGGAACGGGUAUUUGCAGCUAGGCCCUAUCCGGACAUCGGCACCCGUGAGUACCUGGCUCAGGUAACUCACCUGCCUGAAGCCAAGAUCCAGGUGUGGUUCCAGAACCGCCGAGCCAAGAGAAUCAAGAACAGAGAGCCAGGACCCCUAAGCCCCAAGCUGGAGCUCCCCCCAAACUCCUGCUCUCUUCCAGACACUCCUAAGCAGCCUUGGGACCCAGGAACACCAGACCAGCCUCUGCACCCCGCCAGCUCAGCCCAGCAUGCUUCAGCAUGCCCACAGACCUCCUGUGCAGACCCCAGCUUGGGUCCAGGCACAGGGGCUAAAGCUGCAGCCUCAUGGGGGCCAAGUGGGGCUUCAGUUCACCGUUCUUUAGAGCAAAUUGUUCCUCAGACUUCACUGGGUAGCCUGUCUGACCUUAUCUAUUCCUCAGCCAUCGUCACCAACGUAGACCACUAAUUUUCCACAGCACUUGUAAGACUUUUGGCUUUGGCUCUUGUAGCCUACUCCAUCUCUCUUGGGAUGUGGCACAUAAGAGAACCCCUGCCUCUCUUUCCACAGGGAAUGUCCCCUAAGAGUUUAGCUCAGAGACCUCUACUCCCAACUCCACCAGCCUAGUCAAAGAUCCUGAGCAGUGACUAGAGCCUGGCUCCUACAACCUGGCACCCUAGUCCUUUUUGGGGCAUAUGCCCAUUGUCUAUCAUGGUAAGGGACCAUAUUUUCCACCUCUAGUGCUAGGGUUGGGUCCCCUACGCCUUAUGAUCCUAGCUGAUGAUCUCUUUCCUCUAUGGGGGCAGCCACCAGUCUAAGAGGGCCCUUCACGACCUCACCUAUGUGCCAGGGGAAGGGUACUGCUCCUAAACUGGGCUUCUGGGAGACCCACUCUUUCAAGAUUCAGGGCCUCAUUGCCUGUCUUCCUGCCACCUGGAAAAAUUAAU